GAGUGUGUGUGUGUGUGAGUGUGUGUGUGGUUGGGGGGAAUAGAGACAGCUUGCAUCUCUCAUCCUGUGCUCUCUGGAUCCCAGCUUGCUGUUUGCUGGGGAGGAGAGGGAGGAAACACAUUUUGCUCCCUGCAAAACGGCUUUAUUUAUUUUUGGGACGAACCUCCAGCCUUUCCCCAGGGUGGGGAGAGCUCAAAACAGCAAAUUCUGAUCCGAACCCGGGAGCUCAGCUGCUGCCUCAGAAGCAAGAGAGGAGGGAAAAUCGGCCUUCUUCGGGCAGGGACUGACCCCAGGACUGCCAGAGACGAGGGGGUUCGUCUGACGGUGUCCUUCUCCUCCUCCUCCCCCCUCCCCACCCUCACCCCCCACGGUAUUUUUCUCCUUCUCGCUUUCAUGCUCAUCUCCACAUGAAGGGAAGACUCCCUGCGGACAGCAUGGCAUGAGCCCGGAGCCGGCGCGUGAGAGUGAGCGUGGAAGAUGUCGAACCAGAGCGACGGCAACACCAAGCCCCCAUGCUUGCCCCGCAAUGGCCUGGUAAAGCUCGCCAGCCAGCCCAACGGCCUCAGCUCUGCCAGCAUCACCAAAGGGACUCCGGCCGUGAAGAACCGCCUCUGCCAGCUGCCCCCUGUGCCUGCCCUCACCAGCCCGGCCUUCCCAGUGCCCCCCGAACGACCCCUGCCCAGCCUGGCGUCCCCCCUCUCCUUGGCUGCCUUGGCAGGGGGGCCGUGCCCCUCCUCCGAGCCCCUUGCAGCUGGACUAUCCUCUGGUGAGAACCCGGGCCAGGCUCCUGCAUCCCCCACAGAGAGGCAGCCCUUGGCGGUGGAUGAGAAGAUCCUCAAUGGCCUCUUCUGCUACUUCUCAGCCUGCGAGAAGUGUGUGCUGGCCCAGGUGUGCAAAGCCUGGCGGAGGGUGCUCUACCAGCCCAAGUUCUGGGUGGGCCUCACCCCGGUCCUGCACGCCAAGGAGCUGUACAACGUGCUCCCUGGCGGGGAGAAGGAGUUUGUGAACUUGCAGGGCUUCGCCACGAGGGGCUUUGAUGGCUUCUGCCUUGUGGGCGUCUCGGACCUGGACAUUUGUGAAUUCAUUGACAACUACUCCCUGUCAAAGAAAGGUGUCAAGUCCAUGAGCCUCAAGCGGUCUACUAUCACCGACGCUGGCCUGGAGGUCAUGCUGGAGCAGAUGCAAGGGGUGGUUCGCCUGGAGCUGUCCGGUUGCAAUGACUUCACCGAGGCCGGCCUGUGGUCCAGCCUCAACGCCCGAAUCACUUCGCUGAGCGUCAGCGACUGCAUCAACGUGGCCGACGACGCCAUCGCCGCCAUUUCGCAGCUGCUGCCCAACCUGGCCGAGCUGAGCCUGCAAGCGUACCACGUGACGGACACGGCCCUGGCCUACUUCACGGCCAAGCAGGGCUACACCACCCACACCCUGCGGCUGCACUCGUGCUGGGAGAUCACCAACCACGGCGUGGUCAACAUGGUGCACAGCCUGCCCAACCUGACCUCCCUCAGCCUCUCGGGCUGCUCCAAGGUGACGGACGACGGCGUGGAGCUCGUGGCCGAGAACCUGCGCAAGCUCCGCAGCCUCGACCUGUCCUGGUGCCCCCGCAUCACCGACAUGGCGCUGGAGUACAUCGCUUGUGACCUGCACAAACUGGAGGAGCUGGUGCUCGACAGGUGUGUCCGAAUCACAGACACUGGGCUCAGCUACCUGUCCACCAUGUCUUCACUCCGAAGCCUCUACCUACGAUGGUGCUGUCAGGUGCAGGACUUUGGGCUGAAACACCUCUUGGCCAUGAGGAGUUUGCGCCUCCUCUCUCUCGCAGGCUGUCCCCUGCUGACCACCACGGGGCUCUCUGGCCUGGUGCAGUUGCAGGAACUGGAAGAACUGGAACUGACCAACUGCCCUGGAGCCACCCCUGAGCUCUUCAAGUAUUUCUCCCAGCACCUCCCCCGAUGUCUGGUCAUAGAGUAGGGGCCGGGCCGGGUUCGGCCCCAUCCACCUUGGGACUUGACCCUUCUUGCCCCACUCAGCUUCCUCCCUUCUCCAUUCAGUUUCAUUGUCCCAUAGGGACCUGGGUCAUACUCCACACAGGACCUAGGAGGCCUAGGGACCCAGCCUAGCUUCCCCCCCACUCCACCAUUGCUCUGCCCUCACCAUCCUCUGCGUCAACUUGCCAACUAACUCAAGCCAGGAAUAACUAAGGGGGGAAAGAGGAGGGCAGCUGGCUUCCCUGGUUCGGGCCAGUAGCUGGAGAGAGCGAUGGAGAGCUAGGGAGAGUGGUUCUUCCUCUCGGCUAGGCUUGGAAGGAUGGGCAGCGCUGGGGCCCCGCUUCCCCCACUCACACACCGCUGCUCAGACGCUCAGGAGCAACUUGAUCAUCCCCCUACUGCUGCUUCCACCCCUCCAUCCCUGGGGUAGGACAGAGGCAGCUUUAGGUGGUGGGACAGCAUUUAUCCCUGGUGGUCCCAAAGAAUCUGGGACCACCGCUUCGGGGCAGGAAGGA